AUGAAGCAAAAGCACGCUCCCUGUGAAACUCCCUGGAACCUGCGCAAGCAGCAGACAAAACCUAAAAGUGCACCGAGGACCCCGCCUUUUCUCCAGUGUGGCAAGAAGGCCACCACAGCUGAGGUUAGGGAACGCCGCGACACUCUCUGCAAAGGCAGGCGGGUGCGGUCUGCAGCGCGCGGCACAGCCUCUCCAGGGGCUGUCACAGGAAAGCCCCAAGCCUUGCCUCAACCGCCCCGAGUGACAAAGCGCCGGGUCUUCACCCACCCCGUCCCCGCCCCCGCCCCCGCGCGGGGGGCUUCCGGCGAGGAGUCGCCGGCGCCCUGUCAAACUUCGGGAGGGGCAGACACGCGGGACCCACAACGCCGAGCCGCCCCCGCCCCAAUCCUGGGUCCCCGCUGGGCUUUGUGCUGCUGCAGACGCACCGACCGUGGGCCCCAAAACACGCCACCCCCGCCAAGCCGUGCCGGUCUCCCUUCCUUGAAGGGACAAAGAAGCGGGAGAGGAACUCUCGGCGCGGGGUGCCCGGGAGUGCCCGCAGCUCGGGCACGGAACCGUCCGGUGGGACCCCCCAACUUCUCUCGCUCGCCGUCGCCAGCGGCAACUGCGAGCCAGUCCCGGCGGAGGGCGCAGUGGAGCCGCGGCGGGGGCUCGGGCCCCGGGAAACUCCGAGCCCCUUGGGCCGCGGGCCAGGGCGGACCACUCCCUCCUUCCCUCCCGCUGCCGCUCUCGGCGGCGGCCAAGUCGAACGCCGCAGCCGCUCUCGGGCUGCCGCUGCCGCUGGCUGCCGCUACCACCGCCGCCCAGCUGGGAGCGCGUCGCAGCCGAAUGCUGUCAUCCGCCCUGACGCCGCCUCUCCCGGCGCCGCGAGCCGCCACGAGCCUUCACAGGCCAGGGCCCGCCCCCUCCCGCAGCCCCGCCCCGCCCCCGGCCCGGGACGCGAGCCACGCCCCUUCCCAGUCACGUGACGCCGCCGGGAGAGGCCUGGGGUGCUCUUCUGCAGGGCGGGGCGCCUCCGGGUCCCCUUGCGAGGCCCUGAGCUCGGUCCCCCGAGGGGAGGCCUUGUGGAUGGCGGGACCCCGAGCCUGCAGCACCCGAGGAGGCCGCGGAGCGCGCACUGGGCCGGAUCCGGCUCCAGAUCCAGCCCUACCGGCCUAGGGGAGGCUUCGGGUAGAAAUUCUGGGUUGAAAGGCGGUCGGGGAACUGCUGCUUCCUAGUUCCACCAGGACGUUCGCUGUGGUGUCUCCUUCGCUGUCUGCCUCGCAAUCGGUUUGCAGCGUGGAUUUCAGUCACGCUGGGAUGAAAAUAGCCUGGCGGUCUGGUUUUUUUAUUUUUUAUUUUUUGUUCGGUUCCUAGUCAUGUUCAGGAUCCUCGUGCCAGCUUUUACCCUCAUUAAGUUGUACAGUGAGGAGCCCUUUCUCAUCCGGUUGAGAGGAAAGGGUUAGACCUCAACACGGGAAGAAAGCGAAUUACAAUACAGAACAACACGGGAAGAAAGCGAAUUACAAUACAGAAGGGAGAAAAAGCAAGCCAACAAUACAGACCAAGGACACUGAGCCGCCACUAACAAAGCAGUUUUCUGUUAUAAAAAAAUUCCUUAUUCCCUUUCCGGAACUAAGAUUUUAUUUAUUUACACAAAUCUCAUUACAUUUUCUUGACAGGAAAUCGGAUGACAUUCGGAUCAUCUGGAUACUUCAAAAUAAAUAGGCCACAGAGUUUUGCCUGUUACUGAUACAUUUCACAGUCGCUCUAAAAGAUUGCAGACUUGGCCAUCAUGUUGCCCAAAGAUAAAGCAACUUCUGCCCAGUUAAAUGAAUUGUGCCAGGCCACUGAUGUUUAAGGCACGUCUGGAAUAUGAUAGGUUAACAUUUGAAAAACAACUAGCUUUUGCUCGAAGUGAUGUUCCAAUGGGGGAAGGAUUCUGCCAUGUUCUGUUCACAAACCUGAGAGAUUGUAUUUGUACUUCACAUAAACAUAGGGAAAUUUAUUGUUAGGUGAAGAUGUUAAUGUUGUAGUUUGUGAGCAGAUUGAAACUUGAAACAUAUUUCUGAAGCAAUGCUUUUUUUUUUUUAGGCUAACUGAAAAGCCAAUUUUAUUUUUUAAUCUAUUAGGUUUUAAUGUAUUUUAAUUUAAUAGAUAAGAAUGCACACUAUCUAAGCCAAGCAAGAGUUCGUUUGUGGGAGGCUGGAGAGAUGAGCUCAGCACUUGUUGUUCUUGCAGAACCUGGUUUCUCUUCCCGGAACUCACAGCCUGCAGUUCCAGAGACUCCCAUUUCUUCUGGACCCCCUCAGGCACCGGAUAUGUACAUGCAAGCAAAACACUC